AUGGCAACUACCGCUAUUUCACAAGGCAGGUGUUUGGGGCUACUCAACAAAGUGAUGACGCAGUCGCCACUGGCAGACGCUGUCGUCUUAACGAUCGCGUUGAUCAUCGCCUUCGAUGCUGUAGCUGGCAACUUCGACCACUAUCAGGCACACAUUGCAGGGCUGAGGGCGGUGAUUCGCAUAAGGGGUGGUAUCGAUAUGCUUGGUGUAAUUGCGAGGAACAACGUGAUCGCAGUGGAGAUGUUUCGUGGGUUUUAUGUCGUGCGAUCACAGGGUUCGGUGCCAGUGAUUUUGGAUCGACAGCACUUUCAAGAGCUCUUUGAGGCUCAUCUCCGGGAGAUCGCAAGAGUCUACGGUGUGAGUAUACCGGGACAGCAAAGAAAGCUCUCGAUUAGAUCAGAUGUGUCUGGGGACGGCGACGGCAGAGAUAUGCCACUAACAUCCAGGCUGGAGUGGUCGACACUGACAGACAUCGCAUUUGCGACGGUCAUUGCGAUGAGUGCUGUCAAGGGCGCGUACCGACAUCUGGUGAUAUUCAAUGGGCUGCCAUGUUUCGACACAUAG